AUGCAAGAAUAUGGUAGCGAUGGAUCAAGUAAGCCAGGUGAAAACCGUGGUGGGAAAGCUGACAAUGGAAAGAUCACGCAGAACCAAGCCGAGGGCUAUCAGGCGCAACCGCAUCAGUACUCUUUGAUGUCGCAGAAGAGUUUUAGUUGCCCUGGUAAGGAGCCCGAACAAAAUACAGGAAAUUAUUUUAGAACUGCACCCGGAGCGUAUGAGACUUCCUCUUCGAGCAACCAGUACCACAAUCCAAGGUACAACAAUCCAUCGGUUCCACCGACUUUUAGUUCGCCACCCAAUUCACCACUAGUAGGCUUGGUAUUUGAUCCAGCUUCAUCCAACUAUAGUGGACCUGGAAUAAUGACAGAUCGCCUUAAUUCUGAUAGGCGCUCUCUAAGCUCCUGGUCUAUUUCUAACCAAGAACCAAUAGGAACAGGAGCAAAAAAGAAGAUCGUAAAGAGUCAAGAUAAAAAGAGUAUUUACAAUGCCGAUCUUCGUUACAAUGAAAGAUACAAAGAUAACCGAACUGAAUCAGAUCGAAAGAGGAAACAAGACAUAACAUUUGCUUCUGAAUCCACGUCAAGUCUCGAUUAUUUUUUAGAAGGCGAAAGAAUGGUUUCAGAACUAUGUAACAUACCCGAUUCAAAUGUAAGGAACGAUAGUAGUGGUAGUUCAAAACAAAAUAUAAAGUCAAAUAAUCAAGAAGUUGAAAAGAACAAUCGCUGCGGAUCAUCUGAUGUUCUUUUGACAGCUAUAGACAAGAUUGUAAUACAUGAUCAAAUUCCGAAUCAAAUUGUUCAAUUAGCAAUUGAAGCCUGUACCGAUGCUGAAAAUAUAGCAAUCGCCCACCACAAUAGACCCUGUUUUAAAAAUAUACAUUCUAUCUGUGCUAAAACUAGGUCUAACGUUCAGAAACCUGAUAGUGCAGUUGCAAACUUACACUCUCAAGGCAUACCGUGGGUAAUUAAAAACUUUAUUUUUUCCUUUGUACGAAUCCUCGAUGGGUGGAAAGGUGUUAAAGAAUUACUCAGCGAAAAACACGACACAUUUUCAAGGAUUGAAAACAAGUAUUACAGUCCUAAUAUCAGGGAAUGUUUCGUGCAGUGGCAAGCAGUGACUAAAGAGAUGUUGACACAUAUUUAUAAAACAUUUAAAUGUUUAGAUCAUGGAUUUACAAUGGAACAGAAAAGUUUCACUCACAAUUACUAUGCUACAAAUUCAGCUGCUCCAAGGCAUCAAAAUCAAAAUAAAUUUCAACCACCCAAGCAACAUAUCAGUACACCAAGACCUGUCAAUGUUCCUCACCAACUUUAUAAUGCAAUUCAACCCCCGUGGAUUCAAAAUCAGAAUCAGAUUGUAUCUCAAACAUUUAACGAAGUCCCGUGGCCGGCAGCGCGAACAGGAGUGAGUUAUAAAAAAUUUCCAGUUGUUCCUCCGCCAAAUUCUCAUAGUUUUUGUCCUCUAAGUGAUCAAACCGAAAUGGAUACUAGAACUCAAUUUAAAUGUGAUCCUUGCAAUAUUCGCGAAACUAAACCUAGACAGUCCUGGACCAUUACAAAUAUGCCGGACUUCCGUGUUUUAGAAAGUAUGUGUUAUGCCGAUCAAAGGGAUUUAUACAAUACACUUAAACAUAAAAUGGAUGCAGAACUUGGUAAAGCUCCUGGUCAACCUUUUUUGGGAAACAUUCCAGGUGAUGUUAUGCAACAACGUAAAGAUUUAGACCUAAAAUCUAAAAUGAUACCAUUGAGUCAUGUAGAGAAAACUCUGAUACCGAGCAUGGCAUCAACUAAUGAUUUGAGAGGGUGUUAUGUACAGAAAAAUAAUAGCUGUGGUGAUACAAAGGAAGAAGCUGAUUUUUUUGCGGCAUGGGGUCAGAUGGUUCAAAAAGAACCCAAUGAACUUAUAACUCAUCAUUCUCAUAACAUGCAGAUUCCGUCUAAUGUUGUGAUACCUAAUAAUAUCUCUGGCCCCGUGCAAUUUAUUGAUCCUGAAAAUGAUGAGUUUCAUGAGAUGACGAAAGUUUAUAUGAAACCUGGAAGCUACAAGGUACCUAUAAAACCUGCAGAUCCUAUUACAUCUUUCGGUGUAGGUAAUCCUCAAGAUGUAACGUUUGAUAACUGCUUAGACGAUAAUAACGCAGCUCUGAAAAUGAAAUUACCUUUUGCACCUGUAACAUUGGCGCCGCAGCCAAAAUAUAACAUGGAAUCAUGGCCAUGUUUAAUAGCAAGACGUAAUGAUGAUAUUUCAAACGAUGAUCAAAAAAUGCUUCCUAGAACCGUUUUGCCAGGCUUAGAUUUAAGAACCGUGGAAGCCCUAGAUGUUCUGAGUGCAUUAACAUCAGAUCGCGCUUGGGAAGCUGCUAAACAGUCAGUGCCAAAAUUUGUGGAUCUUUUACAGGAGGAUUCUAAGUCUGAUACGGCUCGUUUAUAUGAUGCUUUAAGACUUAGUGUUAGCGAGGAAUAUAUAAAUGAUUUUAAGGAAUCGAAAAUUAAGGUUGAGCAUAAUGAACCCUGGUCUUCUGAAUUACAUGCUAACAAUUUAGUAUUGAAGUCUUUACCCGAUUUAUGGGAUGCUGACAAGCUAAACUCAACACAAAGUGAAUGCGCAGUUCAAUCAUCUCCUAAAAAUGAUACAACUAAGGUUCAAGAGCAUGAACUAAAGUCAUUUGAUGGAAACGAGUCCGCAGAAUUGCCUGUUAACAAAAAUGCAGAAUCUAAAGAGAAUAUUCGCUGUCCUAGUUACGACCAUACUGGCAAUUGCAUUCGUGAUGAAAAUCAAAAGAAGUCUAGUGGUAAAUCUAAGGUAGCUGUAUCGGGCAUGUGGUAUCACCCUAAGAAAAAGAAACCGAUAUCUAAUUCCAUUGUUAAAAAAUUCGAAAUAAUUUUAAAAAAGUUUUCUCAAAUAAAUGAGGCUACUUUUAUUCAACAUGACAUGGACAUUAAAGUGGCUCCCAGGUUUUACGAGGUAGUUAAGUAUCCAAUGUGUCUGCAUGAUAUAUCUACUAAACUGAAAAAUUCUUCAUACACGGACUAUGAUCAAGUAGUCCAGGAUUUUCGACGUAUCUUUAACAAUGUUAGAAUGUAUUUAAAGACCUACCCAGAUACUACAAUGAAGAAAAAUGUGAAUAAACUUUCAGCAGAGUUUGAAAAAAUGCUUAAUGAUGAAUUUCAAACUAAAACUGAAUGCAAGUCCAAGUCUCAGGAACCUAUGGAAGCUAUUGAGCAUAGAAAAAUUGAAAAAGAUAAUAAUAGUAAAAGUCUAGAACAGAGUAAAGACAAUGUGAAUAACAAAAAGGAUCUAAAGUCAGGAGAUACCAAAAAGUAG